AUGGUCGCCGUCUCCGUGUCCGAUUACGACGGCGACGUCUCGAGCGCGGGGUACUACCACGGCCGCGGGAUCGCGACGUUCCGCGUCGGGCAUCGAUACGAGGGCGGGUUCGAGAACGGCAAGAUGUGCGGCCGAGGAAAGUACGAGUGGGUCGACGGCAUCGUGUUCGAGGGCGACUUCGUGGACAACGUCGCGGUCGGGGAGGGGACGUACUCCUCGUCCACGACGUACGACGGCGAGUGGCGCGACGGCAUGCGCCACGGCCGCGGGGUUUUAACGCACGACUCGAACGUCGGCGAGCGGUACGACGGCGAGUGGGCGUGCGACCAGAAGAGCGGGCAAGGGACGUUCGCGUACGCGAGCGGGGACGUCUACGUCGGGCAGUGGGCGAAGGACUUGAAGAACGGCGUCGGGAAGAUGGAGUGGAAGAAGGACGGGGAGUGGUACAACGGCGAGUGGCUCGACGGGAAGCCGCACGGGUACGGCGUGCACGCGUGGAGGGCGCCGUGGAUCAAAGAGGACGAUCCGAGCGCGUGGUUUAACACCGCGAAUAAGUACGAGGGGGAGUUUCAAAACGGGUUACGGCACGGGAGAGGGGUGUUUCAGUACGCGACCGGGACGCGGUACGACGGCGAGUGGAAAGAUAACGUGAAGCACGGCAAGGGGACGUACACUUUCGAGGACGGCAGCGUGUUCAAAGGGACGUUCGAG